ACGACGAAGCGUCGAAUUCCAUGCACGUUUUUAGAACGUUCGCUACAAGACUCCCGCCAGACGAUCCGUUUAAACUCUGUCCUCCGUGAAGCACACGCCGAGAGGACUGCUGACAUUUAUUUAUUGAUUUUUUAAAUCAGUCUAAACCACAGCUCGCAUAAAUGGCUGAGUCAGAAGUCAAUCCUAAAGCUUAUCCUCUGGCUGACGCUACUCUCGCCAAAACCAUCCUAGACCUGGUGCAGCAAGCGGCCAACUACAAACAACUGAGAAAAGGGGCCAACGAAGCCACUAAAACCCUGAACCGUGGCAUUGCGGAGUUCAUCGUGAUGGCUGCUGAUGCUGAGCCACUGGAGAUCAUCCUUCAUCUGCCUCUGCUGUGUGAGGACAAGAACGUCCCGUACGUGUUUGUGCGCUCCAAGCAGGCCUUGGGCCGGGCGUGCGGGGUGUCCCGUCCCGUCAUCGCCACCUCCGUCACCAUCAAGGAGGGCUCUCAGCUCAAGCCUCAGAUUCAGUCUGUGCAGAUGGCCAUCGAGAGACUGCUGGUCUGAGAACUCUCUCCGCAGUUUUGGUUUUCCCUCGUUUAUCAUUCACCAUCUAAAUCUUGUUUUCAAUUAUUGUUUGUUUUGUGGAUGUUCAGUUUUUAAAGUGUUUACUUGUCAUUUUUUAUCACUUUGCCAUUGGAUGAGCACAUGUACAUUUAUAUUGCGGAAAGAAAAAAAUAGCUGUUUUUAAUCAUUUUGUUUAAUUAUGAGAAUUCAGAUUCAACAUGGUAGAAAAUGUAAGAGUAGUUAAGUUAUAUAUAGCAAUUAUUGUACAGACUUAUAAAAUAAAUUCCAGAAUACAUAAUGUCCU